AUGCCCGGAUCACAUCGCCUGGAGCAGCGGCUGGAUAUCUGCGUCCACGACGUCCGCUCUCCACCGGCGCGCCGCCGCGCGACGGCUGUGCUGCACCUGCACUGUCCAAGAAGCGCCGCCACCCCACAUGCCAACCAAGAAAGUGGCGCUGAAAAGCCCGAGAGCGCCUCGACGCCGGAGCAGAGCAAGAGGGCCGUGGUGAGCUACUGGGGCAUCGAACCGCGGAAGCUCGUCAAGGACGACGGCACGGAGUGGCCGUGGUUCUGCUUCAGGCCGUGGGACACGUACAGGCCGGACACGUCCAUCGACGUCACCAAGCACCACGAGCCCAAGGCCCUGGCGGACAAGGUGGCCUACUUCGUGGUUCGGUCGCUGCGUGUGCCCAGGGACCUCUUCUUCCAGCGCCGGCACGCCAGCCACGCCCUGCUGCUGGAGACGGUCGCGGCGGUGCCGCCCAUGGUGGGCGGCGUGCUGCUGCACCUGCGCUCGCUCCGCCGCUUCGAGCACAGCGGCGGCUGGAUCCGCGCGCUCAUGGAGGAGGCCGAGAACGAGCGCAUGCACCUCAUGACCUUCAUGGAGGUGACCCAGCCCCUGUGGUACGAGCGCGCCCUCGUCAUCGCCGUCCAGGGCGUCUUCUUCAACGCCUACUUCUUCGGCUACCUCAUUUCCCCCAAGUUCGCGCACCGCGUCGUCGGCUACCUCGAGGAGGAGGCCGUCCACUCCUACACCGAGUUCCUCAAGGACCUCGACGACGGCAAGAUCGACAACGUCCCCGCCUCGGCCAUCGCCAUCGACUACUGGCGCCUCCCUGCCAACGCCACCCUCAAGGCCGUGGUCACCGUGGUGCGCGCCGACGAGGCUCACCACCGCGACGUCAACCACUUCGCAUCGGACGUGUACUACCAGGGUAUGCAGCUGAAGGCCACCCCCGCGCCGAUCGGAUACCACUGAGGCUGGCCGUGUUCUGCUGAAUUUUGCAUCGCUACUACUACUACUACCACCACCAAGCAAAUGAGUGUUUCGUUUUGAAGGCAGAGGAAAUGAGAGCUCUUUAGCUGUAUAGGAUGUUGCGACUGUCGCUCGUUUGGUAACUAUUGAGUACUGAGAAAUAAGCAGUGUGCUUGUCAGUUGCGUAUCUAGGAUAUUGUUGAACCACCGUUUCGCUCUAAGAUGAACCUAUUUGGCGUACGCCACAAUGUCUUCGUUAUCAGACCACCAUUGAUCUACCUCGCUAUGUACAUAUCCCCUAUUUGAAUA